GCACAACAGUAUAAGUAUGUGUAUACAUGCUAGAGUUGGCGGUAUCGAUUUCCUCACUGCAGAAGCAUAUUGAAUCAAAAUGGCUAUCACACUCUAUGGACACAAAAUGUCUCUUUGCACACGUCGUGUGCUCGUCGUCAUGGCAGAGAAAGGUCUGGAUCUCGAGUUGGAGAAGGUUGACUUCCUAACUGGUGAACACAAGAGACCUCCAUAUAUCGAGAAACACCCUUUUGGUGUUAUUCCUUUGCUCGAAGACGGCUCAUUCACCAUCUUUGAGUCCAGGGCUAUCGCAAGGUACCUAGCCGCAAAGUAUCAGGGGCAAGGAACAAAACUGGUCCCCGAGAAUGGUGAUCUGACUGCAUGGGGAACGUUCGAACAAUGGGCAUCCAUCGAAUAUUCUUUAUUCCAUGUACGAGCCGAGCAGGUUCUUGUACAAAAGCUGUUCAAUCCUUCCAAAGGCAUAGCCACAGACGAAGAGGCUGCAACAGCAGCCGUAGCGCGCUUGCGUGAGACUAUGGAUGUGUUAGAAAAUACUCUGGGCCGCCAGAACUACAUGGGCGGAGCAGAAUUCACUUUGAUUGAUACUUUUUACUUGCCUACCGUGGAUUACCUCCAUUAUGCUGGAGAAGGUCUCAGUCAAGAGAAGUAUCCAAAUCUACACGCGUGGUGGGAGAGAGUGACUGCUAGGGAUUCUUGGAAGCGUGUGACUGCUUUUACUUCGGGAUGAGAUGAGUAGUCACACAGGGGCUGGUCGCUGUAAUAUAGUCGCAAGGCAAGCUUACAUCAAUAUCCGGCCUUUGCCGAGCCAGUGAAGCUUUCGUAUCUUCCGAGCCCUGUAGAUAGCUGUAG